AUGGAGAAGAAACGCAAAAUGAUAAAAGCUUUGUUGCUGUUGGAUUUGCUCUAUGAGGACGAUGAAGAACAAAUAAAAGCGCAUACACUGGGUAAGGCCUUGGAUAGCCCAAAGAGAGCAAAGGGGUAGAGGAUGAAACAGCAUACCAGGAAUUCUUUCAAAUAAAAUUGCUUGCCUCGUAGGAAAACAAGUUACCCUAAUGAGGUCGAGUAUUAAGGCCGAUGAGAGGUUAGCUGUUACUUUAAGAUACUUGGCCACAGGAGAGACAUUUAAAUCGCUCGAGUACUGUUUUUGUUCGAACAGAACAACUAUUUCAUAUGUUGUCUCUGAGUCCUGUGAUGCUUUGUUUAAAAUUCUUGGUCCAGAUGUCCUUAAGACGCCAGACAGUGAGGAAGAAUCGUGUGCAAUUGCCAAACAUUUCGCCCAGCAGUGGAAUUUUCCCAAUGGCAUUGGGGCAAUCGAUGGCAAAAGGAUAAUUAUCCAACAAUCUAACAACUCAGGCUCUCAUUAUUUUUGAUUACAAGGAUCACCACAACAUUCUCCUGGAUGUUUUUGGACCUAAUUAUGAAUGUUUGUGGGCUGAUAUGGGGACAAAAUGAACAUGCGCCUGAUGGAGCAAUCUGGCAGAAGAGUGGUCUGAAAGCACUAUUGAGCAGCACUGAGAAUAAAUUGCAUUUACCAUCAAAAGUAUCACUUCCUAUGAGAUGCCAAUUCUGUUUGUUUUGACAGGGGAUGAUGCAUUUGGUCUCGCAACUUAUUUCAUGAAACCCUUCCCUCGUACACAUCUUGAAGAAAGAGUGUUUAACUACUGGCUGUCAAGGAUGAGAAGGAUAUCUGAGAAUAGUUUUGGGAUCUUAGCCAACAGAUUGAGAGUGCUCUGCUCUCCAAUACUUAUUUCUCCCGACUUUGUGACCAGCAUUAUAUUGGCACUGUUAGUACUGCACAAUUACUUAAGGUAAGAGACAAGAAAACGCAUUUGUGUACACCCUACUUUAUCUUUUAUUCUAAUUAGCCAAGCAAUUAACUUGUUAAGUUAAUGAGUUUGUGAUAAAAUUAGAAGUUCAUUAAAGGCUAUAAUAUUUAUUACCAGUUUUAAUGAUUAGAUAGAUUUAGAUAGACUUAUUAAUGAGAAAUUACAUAGCGGCCUUAUGAAGCCGAAUUGCAUAAUUUACGUACAAGUGUUAAAAAGAAAAUAUAUGUAUAUAUACAGCAAUAAAAAUGAUUGAGUAUAGUACUAUUUACAAUUAUAAGCCCUUGCUGAGGAAGGGAAAAAAGACUUUGAAGACCUGUUAGUUUUAUAGCGUGGCACAACCAGUUUGUGCGGCUUUCUCAAGUUGUAAGAAGAGCAAUUCUCAGAUUAUACAACAAUCAAUGUUGAUCUGUUUUAGAAUCAUGAGGGCUUAAAUUUUAUAACCCUCAUGAAAAUUAUGGCUUAAAUUUUUAUGACUCUUCAAUGGUUCAGUUGUUAACAGGGAUGGAUCCAGCAUGAUCUGGUAGGGUAGGGGGUGCCUUCCAGCUCUGGUGCGAGUUGUGUCGAUCAUGUGUGCUGCCCGCCCAUCAACUUGCUUUACUACUGCAAAGUCUUGCUUGCCUACUGUAUUUGAAUUGUAAUUGUUGUUCACAGUUCGCUUAUCAUCAUGUUGUUGCUCAAAUUACUGUAUCUCAUUUUGUCUCUAAUAAUUUGUUGCUUUUUCAUGAAAAAUAGCACCCCCUCCCUGCACACCAUCUGGUCAGGGCUAAGGGGGUGCACACCCCCCAGUGGGGGUGCACACCCCCAGUAAAUCCAUCCCUGGUUUUUAAUGACCCACCCUUUUGAAAGGCUGAAAAAUUAGGACCCUCCCCCCAUGGUAAUUUCUGACAAGUCCCUAAUCGAGUUCCAAAAAAACAAACAUACAAUAGCCAUGUGUUUAAAUAACUUUUGUAAUAAGUUUUGAGAAGGUUUUGUAUAAUUAUUUUUCCAACAUUCUUCACACUUAUAUUUCACAGUAGUUGAGAAUAACUUGAAUAGUAAAGUCAUCAUUAUCUAAGAAGUGUUUUAUGUAAAAUCACAUGUCUAAUGGUUAUCAGCACAAUCAAUGCAGCCUGUUUUAUAUUCUCGCCAUCAAAAAACUACUUUUGUGGCUAAAAAUAGUUAAAUCAACUUUAGAAACUUGUCCUCCUUACAUUUUUGUUUAAUAAUACACCAUCAAGACUAUUACUCUAAAUUUUAUUUCCACUAUAGGUGCAAGUCUCCCCUUGACAAGUUGAAUUGUCUAUCAGCAGACCAAUAAACCAAUAGACAGUGCAUUGCAUAUACAGUUUACUAACAAAGCUGAAUAAUUAAGCAACAAUUUACAAUGUCUAAUGCCAGACAACUUAACUCAUAAAGGGGAGUCUUGCACAUUAAUACCUUGAUAUAAUGUUAUGAAGACUGUUAAAAACGUGCGAGAGACACCUUAAGUUGAAGGUAGAACUCAGGCUUCCCUGAGAACAAGUUGCGCGAACACAUGUUUUUUGUGAUGUAGUUUUAUAUUUUUUUUAUACGAGUUUUAUAUAUGAGUAAACCCUGAGAUUUUCGACGAUAUUCUAGUUUGUUUUUGCGUAGAGUUCGAUAUUUAUUACAUGGCGCCCAACGUGGAGCAUAUAUAUUGUCAAGGUAUUUAAUAAAAAAUGAGCGAAGAAAAGGCGAUUUUAGCGAGAUUUCGAGCCGUUAGAGGAGGCAAUCGAGCAGUUAUAACGAAGCUUAUCAACGAUCAACAGCUUGUCAUCUCCACUCACAUGGACGAGCUCCUAAAAAUUCCGGCAUGUGCUGGUGAUAAGGCUUCCCAGUUGCGAUUUGUCUAUGAUCGAGUAAGUGUAAAUGUUUGAGGACUUGAAGCACUUGGUGUCAAGGCAAGUCAAUAUGGUAGUUUGCUAAUUCCGGUAUUAAUGUCAAAAUUACCCCAAGAUAUACGGCUUCAAAUCGCGAGAAAAACAUCCAAGGAGGUCUGGGAUAUCUCAGAAAUAUUGGACGUAAUCCGAAAUGAAGUGGAAGCCCGGGAAAUGAGCGAAGGUGUUAAGGUGAUUCAGAAUGAAAAACCAAGGUAUCAGUCCAGACCCCCAUCUGCAUCUGCCCUACUUGUGAAUAAUGGUUCCCACGAGGGAAAAAUUCGAUGUGUUAGUUGUAAUGGUGAUCAUUUCUCAGCAUCAUGUGAGAAGGUUCGAGAUAGACAUGCAUGAACAGAAAUAUUGCGAAAGGAUCGAAGAUGUUAUGUUUGCUUAAUGUUUGGGCACAUAAACGCUCAGUGUGAUCCAAAAAGAUCUUGUCGAAAAUGUCAGGGCAAACAUCAUCAAUCGAUUUGCUUGCAGUCAUGUCAACCCCCCGGUCAACACCCUGGCAGUCCACCCCCUGGCAGUCCUCUAAAUGCAGGUUCUAAACCAUUCAAUCCUGCAAAUACACCUGCAACUGGGAACCAACAAUCUGCCACAACAGCAAGUAAUCAAACGAAGGGCGGUGUCAUGCUUCAAACUGCAACAGCAUCUGCAAUCAGCUAUGAUGGGUGAACAUCUAUUCCUGUCAAAAUUCUAUUUGACAGUGGGAGUCAGCGGUCUUAUGUCAGUGACCAUCUCAAGUCCAAAUUGGGUCUCAAGUCGCAGAGAUCCGAAACUCUCCACCUUAACACGUUUGGCGAAAAAAGGUUUCGAAGACAGAAAUGUGAAUUACUACAACUGAAAUUGUGCGCAAGCAACGAUGAACAGGUGACGAUUGAGGCCCUCAAUUUCCCAGAAUUUUGUUCCCCAGUAUCUGCAACCAUUAACCUCGACAAUCACCCUCAUUUGAAUGGAAUACAACUGGCUGAUAAAUCUAAUGUAAGCGAUCCCAUAGACGUUCUAAUCGGUUCUGACUACUAUUGGGACAUUGUUGGAGGUGAAAUGAUUCGAGGACAGUCGGGUCCUGUAGCAAUUAGUAGCACAUUUGGAUGGCUUUUAUCUGGGCCAACUACCAAGGAGAAAGGAGAAUUGAAGACCACAACAAAUCUGAUUAUUUCUGGAAGUUCCAAAGGUCCGUUCGAGACAACCGAAGAUCCAAUCGUGAACACGUUAAGGAAAUUUUGGGAAACCGAAUCCAUGGGGCUUAAGAGUAGUGAAAGGUGUUGCGAAUCAGCAUUUAACGAGAGUCUUCGAUUUAACGGCGAAAGGUAUGAAAUUGAUCUACCAUGGAAAGAUGAGAUGCCUUGACUUCCCAGUGAUUUUGAUUUGUGUGUCAAGCAGUUAAGGUCACUGCAGCGAAGGUUAGUCAGCCAGCCAGACUUGUUAACCAAGUAUGAUGGAAUUAUCCGUGAGCAGUUACAAAAUGGUAUCAUCGAGCAAAUUACCGAGAGUGAGAAAUUCGAUUCGGACAGUAACAGAAUUCAUUACCUACCACAUCACGCUGUUGUUCGGUCAGAUCAUGACACAACUAAGUUACGUGUUGUAUACGAUGGCUCCGCAAAGACUAUUAAUAGGCAGUAUUCUAUGAACGAUUGCUUGGAAGUUGGACCAAAUUUUACGCCACAGCUAAUCGAUAUUCUUAUGAAGUUCAGAUGGCAUAAGAUUGGUUUGACCGCGGACAUAGAGAAGGCGUUUUUAAUGGUCGCUGUAAAUGAACCCGAUCGAGAUAUGUUACGCUUCUUAUGGUUGAAGGACCCUGCAGACUUGAACUCGGAGAUCUUACAGUUGAGAUUCACGAGAUUAGUAUUUGGAUUACGACAGUCUCCAGUAAUCUUAGGAUCAACUAUACGCCAUCAUCUUGAUACGCAGAAAGACGUUAAUCCUGAACUGAUCGAAAUCCUAAAGAAUUCGUUCUACGUCGAUGAUUUUAUUUCAGGUGCCGAUGACGAAAAGGAAGUGCUUGACCUGACAAACAGUGCCAAAACAGUUAUGAAACGGGGCGCCUUUAACCUUCGAAAGUGGAAUACGAGUUCCUCCAGUGUUCAAGAAAAGUUACCGGAAACGGACAUCCAUACGAAGACUGCUCCAAAACAUUCGAGUGUCAAUGUUGUCGAAGAUGAUCAAUCUUAUUCAGAAUCAGUAACAUGUAAAUCUAUCGGUGUUACCAAUGGCAGCGUUAAGGUAUUGGGUACUAUUUGGAAUAAAUCGUCUGACGAGCUAGAGUUCAAAUUUACCGACCUUGUUGAAGAAGCGCGAAAAGAUCGUUAUUGAAGGUAAUUGGCAAGAUAUUCGACCCUCUUGGAUUUCUAAGUCUGUUUAUUAUACGUUGGAAGGUGCUGUUCCAAAUCCUUUGCAUUGAAAAUGUCAAUUGGGAUUUUGAGUUAAUCGGCGAACAUUUAAAUUUAUGGAACACUUUAAUCUCCGAGCUAGAGCGUUUGAACAAUGUUCAUGUACCGCGAUGUUACUUUCAAGAUAACAGUCUAUCGAAGACAAUACAACUGCAUUGCUUCAGUGAUGCAUCUAAGGCAGCGUAUGCUGCUGCUGUUUAUAUUCGAUCCAGUUACUCUGAUGGUCAUAUCGAUGUGAAUUUAGUGACGGCAAAAACGAGAGUCGCUCCGUUGCAGAAGCAAAGCAUCCCAAGACUCGAAUUACUCGGUGCAAACAUUCUUGUACGACUCGCUGCGAAUGUAAAGAACGCCUUGAACUUGUCAUAAGAUGUGAUGAUAAUUUAUUGGAUCGAUUCAAUGACGGUUUUGUAUGGGAUAAAAAAUAACAAGCCAUGGAAGCAGUACGUGAUGAGCCGAGUAAACGAAAUUCGUGAGUUGACCAACCAAGAGUUGUGGCGACAUUGUCCGGGUAAGCAAAACCCUGCUAAUCUUCCAUCUUGUGGAUUAAAUGCAUCGGAACUAACAAACGAAAUCCGAUGAAGGGCCCUGAAUUUCUUUACAAGCCCGAAGCUGAUUGGCCGCAAACGGCAGAAAGCAAGGAAACAGAGUUUACUAAAGACGAAGUUGUGAAGAAUCCUGUUAAACAGACCCAUGCACUAGCCUCUUCCGCACCCCGAACAAUUGAGAAAGACGAUGUGUCCAACGUUAAUCUUGAAGCGAUUAUAGACUGUAACCGUUACAGCUCUAAAACAAAACUAUUACGAGUAACAGCAUUAGUUCUGAAAUUCGUGAAACACCUGAAACUCGAAGAGAGAGCUCGUACGAUGGAGCCAGUGGAAAUCAACGCAAAGGAGUUGUUAGAAGCAGAAAUGUUAUGGUUAAAGAGCAUACAAUCGGCUGUGUUUGAAACGGAGUUUAAGCUCUUGAAAUCGAAGAAAGAGAAAAAUCAGCUUAUAAAUCAACUCAACUUAUUUCUUGAUGAACAUGAGUUGAUCAGAUGCCAAGGACGACUCGAUAACUCAGAUUUACCUACUGAAGUCAAGACACCCAUUCUGUUACCGUGUAGACAUCGCUAUAUGGAGUUUUGAUGAAAUGUCCUGGGAAGUUUUCUUUUGAGUUUUGAUUCUUUGUCACUUGACCCUUCACUAUCACUUCUUAUACUUUUUGAAUCAGGACCGACUUUUUUACGUUUGGAACAUCCGAAAGCACAACACUGAGGAUCUCUAACUUUUCCCAUUGCUGUGAAAUUUGCUGAGUUUAAUUCAAUUUAAUUAAAAUUGGCACCAAAAACGGUAGAAACUCUAUGCCACAGGUCUCCAAAAAUGUUUUUUAAAUUGGACAUGUUUUUUUGAAAAAACAUUUACAGUAACCACUAAACUCAAAAAGCUAAAAUUGAGAGUUUAUCAUGUUUUCAAUUCCUGAGAGUACUUCCAAAUUUCGUUUAUUUUUGCAGAAAAGUUUAAUAUGGUGCAUUUGACAUGAGUCGAAGAAUUAGAAAACACUAUUACACAAAGUCAAAAGUAAUAUUUUAUUAUACCAAUAGAGGUAUUCAUACAAUAAUGAAUGUAACUAUAUUUAAGAUUAUAAAAUCUACUGUGCAUCAAGCAGUUUAUUUCAUUGAUGCUUGUGUGAUGUUACUCUGAAUGUAUAUCCACACCGGGCAGGCUUGAAAAAUAUGCCUGGCCAUGGUGGGAUUCGCACCUACGACCUUUGCAAUACUAGCCCAAUGCUCUACCAACUGAGCUACGUCGUCAGGUCUGUUCGAGAUGCGAUAUUUUGGAACGGAGUCUAGUUCCUUCGAUAUCAGUGUAAUCUAAUAAUCAUGAUAUUUGUCGUGUUGGUGUAAUGUACUCAGGUGAAUAAGAUGCUUAUGUGAUGUUACUCUGAGUGUAUAUCCACACUGGGCAAGCUUCAAAAAUAUGCCCGGCCACAGUGGGAUUCGAACCUACGACCUUUGGAAUACUAGCCCAAUGCUCUGCCAACUGAGCUAUGCGGUCAGGACGGUUUGAGUAUGCAAUAUUUCAGAACUGAGUCUAGUUCCUUCCAUAUCAGUAUAAUCUAAUAAUCAUGAAAUUUGCUGUGUUGGUGUAAUGUACUCAGGUGAAUAAGAUGCUUGUGUGAUGUUAAUCUGAGUGUAUAUCCACACCGGGCAGGCUUGAAAAAUAUGCCCGGCCACGGUGGGAUUUGAACCUAUGACCUUAGGAAUACUAGCCCAAUGCUUUGCCAACUGAGCUACGUGGUCAGGAUGGUUCGAGUAUGCGAUAUUUCGGAACUGAGUCUAGUUCCUUCGAUAUCAGUAUAAUCUAAUAAUCAUGAAAUUCUUACAUUUAUUACAAUUCUUAUAUUUUUCAAGCCUGCCCGGUGUGGAUAUACACUCAGAGUAACAUCACACAAGCAUCUUAUUCACCUGAGUACAUUACACCAACACAGCAAAUUUCAUGAUCAUUAGAUUAUACUGAUAUCGAAGGAACUAGACUCAGUUCCGAAAUAUCGCAUACUCGAACCGUCCUGACAGUGUAGCUCAGUUGGCAGAGCAUUGGGCUAGUAUUCCAAAGGUCGUAGGUUCGAAUCCCACCAUGGCCGGCCAUAUUUUUCAAGCCUGCCCGGUGUGGAUAUACACUCAGAGCAACAUCACACACAACCUUUACUAGGCCUUGUACCCAGGGCUAGACAAGUUCAUGGACAUCCCUAAUAGUAUUAUAUAUGGACAUUCAUUUGAUAUUUCACCAAUAUGUAAAUAUGAAGUCAUUAAAUAUAUAAAAGAAUUGUUGUUGUAUUGUGUAAAAGUAUUGUGCUGUGGUAUUUGUUUUUAACCCUUUAAGUGGCAAUGCACCAUACUUUGUUAGUUUACUCUGUCUAAUGCCAGACAAUUUUACUCGUCAGGUGGACAGUGCAUGCCGCCACUCAAUGGGUUAACAUAGUCGAUGAACAUAUGACAAAUGAUCCUCGGCCAUGGUACUGCGGUGGUAGUGCAUUUUUGCAUUUGCUGGAUGAUAUCGCCAGGGCUGCAUAAAAUAUUUUAUUUUCUGGGACCAAAAAGCCAAUAAAAAUAUUUUCUGCACGCAAACACUGGGAAUCUUAUGUUUAAAUUUGAUCACGAAACAAAAUUCAGUGUAUUCUACGCAUCAUUUCAUUAGAUUUGAAACCAAAAUAGGCAUAUUUUACCUUGCUAGCAGUGGUUUCUAGCUGAGCUGAGGAGAAACCACUGUGAGCAAACGAAUGAUCGUCUCAUGUAGCUGCCGUCCAGAUUCGCGGACGGAUACAUUAAAUGAGAAACUGGUAAAACAAGUUUGACAAGUUUUUGUUGUUGUGUGCAUGGGUAACUGCUUGGCACUGCUGGUAAAAUGCAAGCCAGUUGUACAAAAACAACACGAUCAUUCUCUAAAUAUAGUAACCACGCUAUAAUAUAAAUACUAGCUUUUACAAAAUAUUGUAACUUCACAAAAAUAUUGUAACUUCACAAAAAUAUUGAAUAACAUGUUUGAAAUUAUACAUUAGAGUUCAACAGAGUAAGUAUAAAUUUACACACAACAAUCAUUCACAACAAUCUUUGAUCAGUUGACAUUUGUAGCAGUCGAGGUCACAACAAUCAAAAAUUGCAAUAAUUGUCAAAAUCAACAGUUAUUGGAAACGUUAUUAUAUUAUUUGGAAACUUUGGAAAUUGGAAUUUUUCGAAAACCUUAACACAAUCUCCAACGUUUAAGUAACACAAAUAAAGUUUGCAGACCGAAUUUUAAAAAUUGAUAUUGAUUGGAUAAAUACAAAAAUUUAAAAAGAUUAACAGAAAUUCAAAUGCACAAUUUGUAGCUGUAGGGUGAGACACAACCUCGUCCCCAGGGCCUUUGAGCUGACUUCGUGCUGGAGAAGGCCCUGGCAUCGGCUGACACUUUACACCCCAAAAUUUGGGGUGUGAAUUAAUUAAGACCACUUAAUUUCAAUGCGCGAAAUUGUUUUAUUCUUCAAAAUUUCCUAUACUUGCUGCUCCAAGACAAGGUAAAUGUUAUAUAUUUUUAAUUCGCGAGAAAUAAGCUAUCGGAAAAUGUUUGAAUCAAAUUUAUACGAUCAGAAAUUUAGAAGCUACGAGUCAAUUUGGCAGCCGCUAGACUACAAUUUAAUUGUUUAUGUAUUAAAAUAUUUUGAAAUCCUCAGCACAAAACUUUGGAUAAUUUUUAAAAUACUCAACCAAUAUACCUCAUUCAAACAUAUUUGAACUCCCGGUUGUAUAGCGAUACAGAUUAUAUAAAGUAUGUAAAGGUUUGAGCAAGUUUUCACCAAAUUUACCGACGAAAUUUGAUGGUCACAUUCUAGACUAAAUUUUUAAUAUGUCUCGACUGACGUGCAUAGUCCAUUCACUUUUCUUCAUUUAAAAAUUAUUUUCUACCUUAACACCAGACACAUUAUAUAUUUUUGAAAUCCUUAGAAGAUUUUCUUUCGAAAGAUCAGCAAACAGAGUCUCUACAACAAAAAUUGGAUGAGCUUACAUAAGAUUUGUAAUGUUGUUGCCAUGUUGUAAACAAUUAAAUUGUAGUCUAGCGGCUGCCAAAUUGACUCGUAGCUUCUAAAUUUCUGAUCGUAUAAAUUUGAUUCAAACAUUUUCCGAUAGCUUAUUUCUCGCGGGUUAAAAAUAUAUAACAUUUACCUUGUCUUGGAGCAGCAAGUAUAGGAAAUUUUGAAGAAUAAAACAAUUUUGCGCAUUGAAAUUAAGUGGUCUUAAUUAAUUCACACCCCAAAUUUUGGGGUGUAAAGUGUCAGCCGAUGCCAGGGCCUUCUCCAGCACGAAGUCAGCUCAAAGGCCCUGGGGACGAGGUUGGGUGAGACACAGAUUUCAAAAUAUUUUAGUGCUGACAAUAACGAUACUAAAACCGAUACAUAAAUUGUUAACUGCAUGUAGAAUAAAAAGUCGUUCGAUUAAAACUGACAGACAACAAAUAAAACAAUACUAUGCCACGCUUGUUUACAUAGAGAUAAAAAACUGUCAAACUACAGGAAAUGAAGUCAAAUUAGUGACGAACGUCCCACCACAUGAUCUUUGCACAUGCUUGAUAGAAAGUCGUUCGUUUGCUCGGAGUGGUUUCUACUCAGCUCCAAAACCACUGCCAGCAGAGUAGACGUAUUUAAACAUGGCUACAGAAUAAAUAUUCUUUAUAUUUUAAUUUAACAACAAACAUUUACAUUUUAAUGAAUGAUGAAAGUGACCACUGGGAACUGUCUGCGAUUUAUGAUUCUUAUUAAUUUUAAUAUAUAUGUUAUGAAUAUCAACUUAAUGGGAAAGGCAGAAGGUGUUGUGUAUUGAAACAUAUUGCUUGGAUUUUUUACUACAUUGUAAGAAAUCACCACAGUCGUAGACUUUUUAAUCUACAUACUGUAGUUGUUAAAUGAGUUGUAUUCAUAUAUAACUCGAGUGGUAUUUUCAGAAGUAGCUAAUACAGCAGAUGAAAUCAAUUAUAACAACUGCAUAGAGGAUUUUUUAUCCAUUAAGUUUUACCCUCCAUUUUUUCUGCCAACCUCAAAAGUUUUCUGGGACCAAUGGUCCCACGGUCCACUAUAUUAUGCAGCUCUGGAUAUCGCAACCAAGUGUUGUUUCAGAGGAAGAGCCCUGAGAUCAUGCUGUGUAGCAAUAGGAAUCUCGUAUAGAGCCUGCACUCUCGCAUAAAGCAGGCAAGACCUUCAUUCAGAAGCCAGGAUUAAUAUUAAUUCCCCACAUAAACACUUGAAAACUGAACUGUCCCAUCUGCCAUAUGCAGGACAAAAAAAACAUGCAGCCUGGACUUUAACUGUUAAACAACCAAAUCAGCAUGAUAAUUAAAUCUGUAAACAGUGUGAUAAUUUUUGCUUAGCCCAAACCAAAGCCAGUUUUCUAGAAUUAAUUUGCAGAAUCCUAAGAAUUGGACCUCCAACUUGAAGAGCUAGCUGUGCUAAUCAAGUUGCAUGGGCAACCCUGGAUUGAAGUGACUAGAGAAAAUCUUCACAAAAUAAUAGAGAGAUCAGAUUUGACUUCCACUAGCUACUGCUAUUGCUAUCAUUAACUAUUAACCAGAUAAGUUUCAUUUAUCCAAUCAAACAAUCGGAUGCAACUGCCAAGUGGAAGUCAAAUUUGAACCUUUCUAUACAUGGAUUUCAGAGAGACCAGUCAUUAUUUGCUGAUAUAUAAUUAUAACUUGUAUAAUCAAAAGCUACAGAGUAAACUACAUAUUCAUUUAUGAUAUUGAAAAUUAAUAUAUAAUUAUCUAAAGUGAGAAUAAUUUUUAAAAAAUAUUCAUAACAUAAAAUGAUUCAUGCAUGCUGGUGAAUAAACCAUAUGGAGUUUUCAUUCCGAAUCUCUACAAAUUCCUUGACAUUAUUUUUCCAGUACCAGGCCUUAAAAUAUCGGUCGGUCACGGACAUUGUCCGACCCAUUCGUGAAAUUGUCCGACGUAAAGAGAAAACCACCGGACAUUCUGUCCGACCGAAUGAAAAGUGAGGUUUAUUGUUUGUCCGACCGAAGUGUAGUUGAUGUCCGACCAAAUUUUAAGUAAAUGUACCCUGUAAAUGUUUAUCAGAAUUGUUCUAUAUGGCCCGCUAAGCGUGACAGGUUGGUUAGCAGUACGAAACUAUGAAUUUGAGUCGUGUUUAUAUAGUAUUAUAGAUUAUAAAAUGAGAAAAUCCAAGACCAAGAAGCCGUCAAAAUAACUACAAUUUUGUUCUAAUUAUAGUACUGUUUUGACAGCUUCCUGCAGCGCAGCAGCGGCAUCUUUGAAGUCAUAUAAACAACAGUUAAUUGGCUUCCUAUAGCUUUUAUAAAAACACGCUAAAUAAUUUAUUACUUUUCGUGUGCCCUUUUACUCGAAAAAAGUCGCAUUUCUUUUUAAAUUUGAAAAAACUGAAUUUCAGAAACAGGUUCGAUGGACAGGGUUUUUUUACCGAGAGAAUGAGCUCUAAAGAUGAAGAACCGCUGUGCUCCUUUUGCAAAGAAAGGAGUACAAAGUAUAGUUGUUUGUCCUGCAAUGUUGUAGUUUGUAACGUUUGUUCCUCGCCAGCUAAUCCUGGCACUAAAGGUUAUAAUGAAGAAGCGAAAAGAGUAAGUGUUUGCAAGAAGUGUACUAAACCUCCAUCGGCAUCAACAUCUGAACCUCCCCGAAAAGUACAGAAAACCAUAUCUUCGAUGUUCAGCAAAUCAAACAAGACGCCCUCAACAUCGUCGUCGAGUUCUUUUACGAAAGCAAGAAGAAACCCCAAACAACAUGGCAAUGUUAGUGCCUCAAGUUCAAAAGAAGUUAGAACAGUCAAAACGUCUACCGUAGAAAAGUGGAAGUCCGAUUUAUCAGAAUAUUCGGCAGCAGAAUGGUUAACAUACGAUGUUGAUGCUGAAGGAAAGGCAAGGAAUCUUAAAUGUAAAUUUUGUAUCAUGUUUGAAGACAAAAUCAAGAACUUGCCCAAUUACUCAGACAUUUAUAUCAAAGGUUCAACGAAUUACAGAGUUUCAGCAGUAAAAGAUCACGCAACGAAUAUCAAUGGUGAUCCACAACAUCCUCACACCGUGGCUCAUGGUAAUUUUCUGAAGGCCAGUGGAGUAGAAAUCGAACAGCGCGCAAAAAAAAUUGCAAAAUCCUGCGACAAAGGAAAUACUGAUGUAGUGUCCGGGUUACAAAAUCACAAUAAAAUGGAUCCAUCUACGUUAAGAAAAACUAAAACUAAGUUCGAGACCGCAUAUUUCGUGGUCAAGGAAGAAUUACCCAUCAGUACAUGCAAAAACAUUCUGAACCUGGAAUCUAAACAUGGAGUUGAAAUCGGUACGAAAUACCUUACAGAUCCAUCGGUGGGUACUUUCAUAGACUUUAUGGGGCAAGAACUUAAACACCAACUGAAUGCCGAUUUAGCAAAAGCCAAAUUUUACAGUGUAUUAUGUGAUGGAUCCAUGGAUACCACUACCGUAGAAAACGAGGUAUAAUAUAAGCUUUGUUCCUUUUUCAAAACGGGGUGCGGAAGUUCGUUGUGCGACUUUUCCCUUUUUGUUUACGUUUUAAACGGUCCCGGUUUCACUGGAAAUUGACAAUUGUUCGUAAACCAAUGACCGUGUUCAUUAUAGCAAACUUUGAAUAGUUUGCCUUGAAACAAGAACGAUUUCUCGUGGAACCUGGACUUUUAAAACGUAAACAAACAAGUCUGCAGAUACAGUCGUUUGCACCAGCGUGACACGCCAUAAAAAAUGCUCUAAUAGGAUACGCCCCAAUCUUGCAACUUUCAGAAAUAAGCAUAGGCAUAAAUUGGCCAAUUGACAUAUUUGUUGCUUUUACAUUAUUUGACAAAUUGUUCCACGCUAUUGCUCCAUUAUAACUGAGACUUUUUUUCAUGUAAUUUGUUUUUGGUUUUUGUAAAAGAAAAUAUUACUCUUGCCGCGUAAAUUGUAGUUUUGAUUAUUAGCGAUUUCGAACACUAAAUUGGUUCAUACUUUCUGGUAGCUCACUAUUUUUCACUUUAUACAGAACCACUAACUUAUUUUUCUCCCAUCGAUCGGCUAAAGGUUGCCAAUUUAAUUCCUUAAAUAUUUCUUUUGUUGCUAUUUCAUAUGGUCUGCCAGUGAUGACCCUUGCAACCCUGUUUCGCAUUUUCUGCAUUUUGUCGCGCAGAUAUUCGCUGCAGUUAGUCCAAAAAAGCUACAGUAAUCAAAAUAUAGCAGUAUUAUCGCGUUAUACUUCGUCCAACUCAGACGGAUAAUCCGAAAAAAACGCGUCUUCGAGUUAUUUAUAUAAAAUAAAAUAACUCGAAGUCGCGUUAUGUUGCACAUUUUUAUGCGACGUAUAUUCAACUUAUCUCGCAACAUAUAACUCGGCGACGAAUUUGCAUUUCAGACGAAAUGCAAUUGUAACUAAACUGUAGACUGUAGUUAUUAUAAAGUAAUGUUGAAACAAACAUGCAAAAUAAAGCCAUCUAAACGAUUGUUUGUUUUUUUCAACCCGGGCUAAAAUUGCUGAAUUGUAGAUGAAUAAAUGUCAUGUAAUCGCACACUGUAUUUUUAUAGGAUUUUAUCCUUAGCCUUAGGCCGGGUUGAAAUUUCAGCUCGGUUAACUGGGCAAAAACUCAGCCUGCGCUGAAAACUCCCCAUGUAUUAAAUCGACUCCUUAAUUUUCAAUGGGUAUAUAUACUUUGGAUUCUGCACCUUAUUUCUAGGUAAUCUACUGUCUUCAUUUUGAUCCACAACCUGUUGGAUCAGAUUCCGUGGAAGUAAAGCUUUCAUUCUUAAGUGUGAAACAGGUAAUUUGUUUGUACAUUGUCAAAUGAUACAUUUGUCCAUGGGUAUAAUUUUCAAUUUUCUCUAAUGAAACAAACGUUAUUUGUUAAGUUUUAAUAACAAAUUUUUGUUCCAGGUAAAAUAUGGAAAUGCAGGCGGAAUAACCGACGCUAUUGAAGAAAGUUUUAACGACGUUGAAGAGUCUAUUUCAUCUUCAUUAACCUCGGUUGGUAUUUUACCAUAUCACAAAAAGUUGGUUGGUUUCACAUCGGAUGGGGCUAGCGUUAACCGUGGAUGUAACAACAGCAUCAUGACCCGACUUCAAGAGAAAUCCCCAUGGAUGGUGUUCAUAUGGUGCGUCGCUCAUCGUCUCGAGUUGGCACUCAGUGACGCAUUAAAGACCACGGAGUUUCAGGAUGUUGAUGAUAUGCUGUUGAAGAUGUAUCUCCUUUAUAAGAAAGCGCCAAAGAAAGUGCGUCAACUUAAGGAACUACACGAUCUUUACAAAGAAACCAUGGAGUUUGACGAAGGAGGAAUAAAGCCGAAGAAAUCAUCGGGGUCGAGAUGGAUUUCUCACAAGUUGGCUGCAAUGAAGAUGUGUUUAGACAAAUGGGGUCUUUACAUUCAGCAUCUGGAAACCAUGACAGAAGAUGAAACCAUUACAAGCAAAGACAAAGCCAAGCUGAAAGGUUACCUUAAACGUUGGAAGAGCUCCAGAAUACCACUAUUACUUGCCUUGUUUAUUGAUAUAUUAACUAUACCGUCGAUUCUAUCAUUGACAUUUCAGAAGGAGAAAAUAGAUCCAGUGCAGACCGCGAGAGCAUUGAACAAAGCCAGGGAACGUUUGGCACAAUUUGAGAAAAAGGCGUUCGAAAAGCUACCGAAUGUUAGAAACUUUCUCUCAAAAAUUAAGGAAGUGGAUGCUCAGUUUUUCUAUCAAAACGUCGAACUCUCAUCAUUCGAGAGACAUAAGGUUUCUGUUGAAAGCAAAAAGAACGAGUACUCGGAGAAGAUUCGACAAUGCUUGACUAAUCGACUUGAACAAGAGGAUGAAGGCCAAGAGAUACUCGACGCCGUUGUACAAAUUCUUGAUUGCGAGGGAUGGAAAGACGACAACGAAUUUGCCGAAGACGCCAUUUUUGCAGUGUAUGACAAGUUCGAAGUUCCACUUAAGUCUGGCGGUAUGUCAGUGACUGUUCCCGACCUACUUAACCAAUGGCAUGAGAUCGUCGACUUUGCUGUUGAAACGAUCGGGGUGACCGGCCAAUCAUAUCUUAUCACAUGGCGUAAGAUAUUUUCUGCACCAAGGAGUAAAGGAUGGAAAGAUGCGCUUAUCUUAGUCGAACUGUUGUUUACUAUCCCUGUAUCUAACGCCAAGCUCGAGAGAAUGUUCUCCAAAUUAAAGCGCGUGAAAACAAAUUUCCGUUGUUCCCUUUCCCUUCAGAGGUUGGAAAACAUUCUACGCAUCAUGGAAGAAGGCCCGACAUGGGAGGAGUAUGACCCACUGCCCGCCAUUGAAUUAUGGAAUUCGGCGAAACAACGGCGGCCACACGAUGAGAAACAAAAGCGAACAUAUACGGCACGCAAAUCACACAAAAGGCUUUCGACUAUGUCGUCAGACGAAAGCGACAGCGAGACUGCAGAAAAAGAAAACCAUGAAAGUGAUAAAGAAGACGAAGACGUGCAGGAAGAAAGUACAGAAGAAACCGAAAGUCAGAGUUUAUUCUCUGAUUCUGAGGAGGAACCAUAA